AUGCUCAUUACGUUGUCGCCAGACUCGCCUCGGACCAUCAUUAAAGUCAAGACAGAAUUUGGAUUCGUCAGUAAACAAAAUGUGUCUAAACUGUCGCAGUCUCCAAUUCUGGUGAUCCCGUGCAAACGCCAACCUGUUAAUUCGAUGUCUUGCGCUAAAAAAGAAACACCAGUGACAAGCACAUCAACUUUGUCAACAGUAACAACCUCAGUGUCUGCGGCAACAUCAACCUCUGUGUCUGUGGCAACAUCAACCUCAGUGUCUGUAGCAACAAGUAUAACUAGUACUGCAGCAUCCACUACACAGCCUAGUGUCUCAUUUAAGCCAUUGUUUGGUACACCCAGUACAGCACAAAGUACAGUAAACAGUGUUGUGACUGGUUUACAGACAGCAACGGUUUCAUCGUCUGGAUCCACUGCUGGUACUGGAAUAUUGGGUACCGGUCAGCCAGCUGUUUCAACUGGUACCAAGUCAAGUUUGGCUGAUCCUAGUACCUCAAACCAGGAGGCACGGAGAAUGAAUAUAUUUGCCAGGAGUGCGAAAUGUCUUUUCGGAGAAAAACUACUGCAGCUGCAUCUGGCUUUGUGCUUGGAGGAACGCAGGUGUCCAGUCAUACGCAACCAGCAACUAAGUACUAGUGUUGGCAUUGUUUUUGGAGCGCCCAGUACUGCAACAUCAGCAGCACCAAGUCAGACACAGUCAAGCACUGGUUCCGGAUUUAGUUUUGGCUCAGUUGCCACAAGCACUGCUCCGCCUUCUGGUGCAGGAGGGUUCAGUUUUGCGGGAGUACAGUCAGCUCCAUCUACAACUGCUACAACAACAACAACAACAACAAAAGCACCAAGUUUUGGAUUUGCUGGUGCCACAACAACUACAGGGUCUGCUCCAGCUGCUACUGGUUUUGGGUUCAAUAAUGGUUCUGUGCAAACAUCAGCUGCUCCAUCUGCAGGUUUCUCUUUUGCUUCUCAACCAACAACAGCAGCGUCAGCUGCAACAGACAAAUCGGAAAUAUUUAAUGUUUCAGGUGCCACAUCUUCCCAGUCUGUGUUUGGAGCAGUAAGUCAGUCGCCUGCAUUUGGUUCCACAAGUCAAACCCCAACCUUUGGGUCUACAGGUCAGACUCCAGCGUUUGGUGCUACUAAUCCGGCACCAGCCUUUGGAUCAACCAGUCAAACUCCCGCUUUUGGAUCAGCCAGUCAGAUUCCGGCGUUUGGCUCAACUCAUCAGCCCCCAGCAUUUUGUGCAGCCAAUCAGAACCCAGCAUUUGGUUCAGCCACACCCACAUUUGGUGCAGCAACCAAUCAGAAGCCUAACACCCCUGUAUUUGGGGCGACAUCAAACAGUACGAGUGGAUCUGUGUUUGGGAAUACAGGAAGCACAGCAACUGGGUUUGCCAAGUCUCAUUCAAUACCAGUGUUUGCAACUAGCCAGGACAAUGCUUCUAGUACAGAUGUAUACGUAAAUAUAAUGUCUGUGUUUUCCUUGGAGACAAGAUUUAUUUGCAGCAGAGGAUAA